UCUACAUCUCUCGUCGGCUGAAGCGAGGGUGUGAUUAACAGAGCUGUGCGGGAGAGGAAGAACUGCUCUGCCUGCUGGAGGAUCCGUUUGCACAGCCGCUGACUCUCAGUCCGUGUGGAAAUAAGUGGAAGGGAACGGUCGCUACCGGGGAAUCCUCGGAGUCAGUCGGCUUUUUUGGAUUUUCCUUCCUGGACUUUUUCCUCUAGCUGAAUGUUCUCGCUUUCACCGGGACACUGUGUUGAGGAUCCGGUCUUUUCUACUAGCAUAUUAAGGGCUGAAGCCACUUGAGACCAGGAAACAGGUGGAAUCCGUGGGUCUUAAACCCCCCCGCUGCAUGUCCGGGAGCUCAGCUCACCCCCUGCUGAGACCCAGCAGGAGCAGCAAAGCACAUUCCUUCUACCCGGUGGUUCCAUCAGGUGCAAACUGCACGCGUGUUUCUCCAGCCGCGUACCGAAAGUAACCGGACCAUAUGUCAGACAACGUGGAGUUUUUGCUGACGAAGUAGUAGAAUUUCCAAACCCGGCGUGAGCAGGAAGGGAGCGUGCGGUUGCCGGGCGGUCGGGGGGAGAAGAUGCCAGCCAUCCUGGUGGCCUCCAAGAUGAAAUCAGGACUCCCCAAACCGGUGCACAGCGCCCGGCCCAUCCCGCAGACCCACAGCCGGCCGUCGGCUCCAGCUCUACUCUCGGCGCCCAUCAAGACCAACGCCGCCCCGCCGGGCGCUGCCCCGGGGUCAGAGGAGGGAGAAGACUCUAAGAUCUACACGGACUGGGCCAACCACUACCUCGCCAAGUCGGGACACAAGCGGCUGAUCAAGGACCUGCAGACGGACGUCGCAGACGGCGUGCUGCUGGCGGAGAUCAUUCAGGUCGUAGCCAACGAGAGGAUUGGCGACAUCAACGGCUGUCCCAAGAGCCGCUCUCAGAUGAUUGAGAACAUCGACGCCUGCCUCAGUUUCCUGGCAGCCAAAGGAGUCAACAUCCAGGGACUGUCUUCAGAGGAGAUCCGGAAUGGUAAUCUGAAAGCCAUCCUCGGCCUCUUCUUCAGCUUGUCCCGCUACAAGCAGCAGCAGCAGCAGCAGCAGCAGCAGCAGCAGCAUCAUCACGCCCAGCGGCAGAAGUCGCAGCCCUCCCUUCCACCCGGCGCCCGGACGCAGGGCACGCACCCUCCCCUGAGCCAGCAGAGCAGCGCCCCGGCCCUGCUCGGCCACUCUACGCAUGGGACUGCAGCCCAGAAAGCAGCACAGGCCGAGAUGCAGUCCAGGGAUGGCUCUCAGAGUAAACUGCUCAAGUUUUCCCUUGGUCAGAAAAAGACCUCUAGACUUCCCGGCCCCUCGGCGAGGGUGUCCACCGCCGGCGGGGACGUCCCUCCAAGAGGCUCGGUCAGCGCCGCUGGGAACAGACGCAGCCAGGGCUUCAGUGACAAGACCAAAGCCAACUCACAGCUGAACAAAGAUUCCUCAGAGGGCAAGACGUCCCAGCCUUCGGCGAUGACUGAGCAUCCUCCUUCAUCUGCAGUGACCGUCAGCGCCUCCACCAGCAUCCCCGCCGCUACCUCCACCCAGAUCCCUCCCCCGUCUUCGCUGUCCUCAUCCUCCUCUUCCACGGCCAUUCCCCAGCCCAACAGCAGCGGCAAGCCCUGGAGGAGCAAGUCAGUGAGCGCGAAGCACAUCUCCCCUUCUCCCUCCUCCACCAGCAGCCCCGCCUCGGCCGUGAUGUCCGUCAAGCAGGAGAAGGACGCCUCCUGCAGGGCUGAAGCUCCCCCAAAGGUUGUCGCUCAGAGGUCAAUGCUGGAGAAGCUUAAGCUCUUCAACAGUAAAGGGGGCUCCAAAUCUUCCACAGCCUCCACUGGAGCAGCGGCGCAGACCGACGGCGGCGCCCCAGCCAGGCAGCUGGCGGCCGCGCAGGUGGAGAGGGCCGAGGCUGGCUCCAACACCGAGCCCCUGGAGGAAGAAGAUGGCAACGUCCGGCCGGGGGUGAACGGCACCAGCAACGGGACGUCCUACGCCGCCCCUCCCUCGGCAGGUACGACCGUCUCCACAACCGCCAGCAGCCCCAAGAUCGCCCUCAGGGGCAUCGCCCAGCGCACUUUCAGCAGAGCUCUGACUGCCAAGAAGGGCUCCGUCAAAAGCACAGAGAAAGACAAGGAGAAGGGGAAGGAGAAAGGGAAGGAGGUGGGGAAGCGCAUCUCGGUCCCCGACCGGACGGAGCUCAGGGGGGACGAGCUUAAGGAGGAAGUGGCUCCCGUCGCCGUGGACACGGACAGCGCAAACAAAAGGACCUCCAAAAUCACGAGCUUCAUCCCCAAGGGGGGUAAGGCGGCCAAAAAGGAGAGCUCCACCCCUGCACACAGCGGAAUACCAAAGCCAGGAGGCAAAGCCCCGGGAGUCGGCGGGAAAGCUUCCUCAGGAAAGGAGGUGGGGGAGAGGCCUCGCAGCAUGCGGCUGGCCAUGCACCGCGGCCCCCUGGACCGGGACCGGGACCGGGACAGCAGACACUCCAGCUCUACCUCCAGCCUGGCGUCCACAGAGGGAAAGGCCAGCGCCUCCCCCGUGGCGGGAGGAGGCACGACGCAGAGCACCGCCAGCAACACCAUCAGCGUGCAGCUACCUCAGACCCAACAGCACCACAGCCACCCCAACACGGCCACGGUCGCACCUUUCAUGUACAGAUCCCAAACAGACGGCGAGGAAACUGGGAACACUUGUGGAGACGGUUCCUUCACCAAGACCAGCCAGCUGUCCACCGAGGACCUUUCGGGCGAGGACCCGGAGACGAGGCGCUUGCGUACCGUGAAAAACAUAGCAGACCUGCGGCAAAACCUGGAGGAGACCAUGUCCAGCUUGCGAGGAACUCAAGUCACACACAGCACCUUGGAAACCACCUUCGAUGGCAGCGUCACCACAGACGUCGGCGGCGGCGGAGGCGGCAGCGGGGUCAGCAACAGCGGCGGAGGGGGUCGGAGCAUCCUCAGCCUCACUUCCAGCCGCCCAUCCCUGUCGUCGUGGCGACUGGGCCACUCCAGCCCUCGCCUGCAGGCGGGCGACGCCCCCUCUAUGGGGAACAGCUACGGCGGCCGGGCGGCAGGCGGACAGGCGGGGCGCUACCUCUACCCGGGGCAUCUCCGGCGGCAGCUGGCCGGCAGGGGAGGCAGCGUGGACCUCGGGGACAAAGCUGGGGAGGACAUUGACCUGGACAACAUCGCAGUGGACGUCACCGGAUACAUGAGCGACGGGGACGUGCUGAGCAAGAACGCCGCGCGCACCGACGAUGUCGCCAGCGGCUACAUGACUGACGGAGGCUUGGGUCUGUACACGCGCCGCCUGAACCGCCUGCCCGACAGCAUGACCUCCGUCAGAGAGACGCUCCAUCGAAACGCCUCGUCGGGGCAGGGGGACGCUGACAGCUGGGAUGACAGCAGCUCUGUGAGCAGCGGCAUCAGCGACAACAUCGACACAGAUGACAUCAACACCAGCUCCUCCAUCUCCUCCUACGCCAACACACCCGCAGCACAGCGCAAGGGUCUCAACGCGCAGCCUGUGACAGAUGCAGAGAAGCGCUCCGCCUCCGCCGCGGUGCACCAGGCCUGGUCAGGAGACGAGGUGAAGAGGCCCAACGGCGGCUCGGACGGCAGAGCCAGGAUGGAGUCGGGCUCCAAGUAUAGCCGCCGGAACCCCUCCGACAUCUCCGACGAGUCCGACAAGGGCGGCUCGGGGAGGAAGACCCCCUCCGCGUCCCACACGGGCUCCUGGAGGCGAGGCAUGAGCACUCAGGUGGGGGUGACGUCCCCCCGGACUAAAAGCACCAGCAGCGCGGGCUCCACAAACUCCAGUGGCCUCAAGACCCACAGUUCAGGUAAGACGGAUGACGUCAAGGUGUCAGAAAAGGGUUGUCUUUCUCCACGUCCCAACGGCCUUCAGCGUUCGCCCUCGGACGCAGGACGCAGCAGCGGCGACGAGGCGAAGAAACAGACGACCCCCACCAGCCGCACAUCGACGACGAACGCCCUCACGCACGCCGUCUCAGAGCCCCACCCCCAGACACACUCGCACACCUCGCGCACCCCUACCAGCACCUUCGGCUUCAAGAAGCAGGGCCACGGGAUGGUGACCAUGGUCACGGCCAGCGGCGCCACCAUCACCAGCGGCUCCGCCACCCUGGGGAAGAUGCCCAAAUCCGGGGCGCGCUCGCUCGCGGGGGGGCUGAAAGCCGGCGGGCAGGACGGCGCGUCCAUGCUGGGCCACCACCACCACGACGACGGUUUCCUCCCCAUGAGCGCCCGCUCCACGCUGCAGUACCGCAGCCUCCCGAGGCCGAGCCGCGCGGGGGCGGCCGCCCGCCACGGAAACCGCUCCUCCACCAGCAGCAUCGAGGCCGCCGUGCUCUCCGUCACCGCCCACGGGAAGAACCCAGUCGGCCUGAACAAGGCCAACGGCCCGGGAGGCCUGCUGGCCAAUCAGACGGACCGGGAGAAGGGCGUCUCCGAGGUGGACAACCUCAGGAGCGGAGUCGGGAUGCAGGGCGGAGGAGCAGCGACCGUUCCCCUGACGGGAAGACAGCAGGUUUCUUCGCCCACCCUGCGCAGACUGUUUGGUGGGAAGCCCUGUAAACAGGCUCCGGUCACCACCACUGAAAACAUGAAGAACUCCACUGUUAUCUCCAACCCGCACGCCACCUUGAACCACGUGGGCACGCUGCUGGAGUCCCCCGACGCGGGGCUGGGCGGCGUGGACAGCGAGACCAGCAGCCCGCUGUUUGGAGGCCGAGUGCAGGGGAUCGGAACGCUGGGCAGCGAGCAGGCCUCCAGUCCCGGCUCGGUCUACUCCUCCACCGGCCCCUCCAACAGCCUGACGUGGGGCACCACCUUCAGCAGCUCCUCCGCCCAGAGCAGGGAGAGCACGCUGGGCGGGCACGGCGGGGCGAGCAGCAUGGGAUACCCCUCCGUCAGCAGCAUGCACACCAGCAGCGAGUCCAUCGACAUGAGCCUGGGCAGCGGCUGCCACGCCACCCACAAGGAGGACACCCUGUCCGCGCUGGGACGCGCCGGCAGCACCAAGGCCGGCAUGACUGAGAGUCCGCUCUCCUCUCCGUCCGCUAGCCCUUUAUUCAGCCGAAACACGCUGCCUCGGAGGCAGGACAGCGGGCCACACUGUGGUAGAAACACUCUGCCUAAGAAAGGAUUCAGGUACGGCCCGUCCCCACAGAUGCGGAGCCACGAGGAGGCCCGUGAUUGGCUGCGCUCCCACUCCACCAGCGGGCUGCAGGAAUCGGCCAGUAACUCCCCGUUCUCCCCCAGCUCCAGCAUCACCUCCCCCUCUGGCACCCGCUUCAACUUCGCACAGCUCGCAUCCAGCCCCACCUCGGCGGCUCAGAUCAACCUCACCGGCCUGCGCAAUAACAGCCUGACCAAUCAGGAAGUCCCCUUUGACCCUUGCAGCGACAACCGGCUGAGAAACUCCUGCAUGUCGCUGGACGAGAAGACUCGCACCAUGAGCCGGUCGGGCUCCUUCAGGGACGGCUUCGAGGAAGUUCAUGGCUCUUCCCUUUCUCUGGUCUCCAGCACUUCUUCCAUUUACUCCACGAACGAGGAGAAGUCGCAGUCGGAGAUCCGCAAGCUGCGUCGGGAGCUGGACGCCUCCCAGGAAAAAGUUUCCGCCCUGACGACACAGCUGAGUGCCAAUGCUCACCUGGUGGCGGCGUUCGAACAGAGUCUGGGCAACAUGACCAUCCGGCUGAAGAGCCUCACCUUGACGGCGGAGCAGAAGGACUCUGAGCUGAACGAGUUGAGGAAGACCAUCGAGCUGCUGAAGAGGCAGAACGCUGUGGCUCAGGCCGCCAUCAACGGGGUGAUCAACACGCCUGAGCUCACGCACAAAGGGGACAGGACCGCGGGCGGCAACGGCAGUCCACAGCAGCAGAACCAGCAGCCCGACCUGCGCAUCAGGAGGCAGCACUCCUCCGACAGCGUCAGCAGCGUCGCCAGCGCCACCAGCCACUCCAGUGUGGGCUCCAACAUGGACGCCGACGCGAAAAACAAGAAGAAGAACAAGAAGAACUGGGCCGCUUUCACCGGGGAAAAGACUUUUCUGUGCACCGGAGGACAAAUGAAAGACGAUGACGUCUAUGAGCUGCGCAGCUCCUUCAAACAAGCGUUCAGCAAGAAGAAAUCUCCCAAGUCGGCCUCUUCCCACUCCGACAUCGAGGAGAUGACGGACUCGUCGCUGCCGUCGUCCCCCAAACUCCCCCACAACGGCACCGCGGGCAACAGCCACGUGCUCCGGAACACGCACUCCAACUCGCUGUUGUCCGAGUGUCUGGACAGCGAGGCGGAGACGGUGAUGCAGCUGCGCAGUGAGCUCAGGGAGAAGGAGAUGAAGCUGACGGACAUUCGGCUGGAGGCUCUCAGCUCCGCUCAUCAGCUGGACCAGCUCCGGGAGGCCAUGAACCGCAUGCAGGUGGAGAUCGAGAAGCUGAAGACGGAGAACGACCGUCUGAAGGUGGAGAAUCAGGGCAGCAGGAUCGGCUCGCAGGCCUCCGUCUCCUCCCCUCCCCCCCAUCACGCACACGGCCAGGCUCAGGCGAGCGGGCCGGGUCUCUCCCAGCACAGCCUCAACCUCACCACCAGCGAGUCCACCAGCCUGGACAUGCUGCUGGACGACACCUGCGGAGACGCAGGGAUGAGGAAGGAGGGGCGACACGUGAAGAUGGUGGUCAGCCUGGACGAGGACGGCAAGUGGGGAGAGGAGGGCCGGCCGCGCCAUUUUCUCAUCGGUUGCAUCGGCGUGAGCGGUAAAACCAAGUGGGACGUCCUGGACGGAGUCGUCCGGCGCCUUUUCAAGGAGUACAUCACCCACGUGGACCCGCUGAGCCAGCUGGGCCUGACCUCCGACAGCGUGGCGGGAUACAACAUCGGAGACAUCCACCGGCCCAGCGUCCCCAAGGCCGCCCACACGCCCGAGCUGCUGCCCUGCGGCUACCUGGUGGGAGACAGCGACACCAUCAACAUCCGGCUCAAAGGUGUGAGCGGCAUGAACGUGGACUCGCUGGUGUUCGACACUCUGAUCCCGAAGCCGAUGCUGCAGCGCUACGUCUCCCUGCUGAGGGAGCACCGCCGCGUCAUCCUGUCGGGCCCCAGCGGCACGGGCAAGACCUUCCUGGCCAAUCAGCUGUCUCGACACCUGCUGCUGCUGGAGGGCCGACCUUUGACCCCGCAAGCUGUCGUCACCUUUAACGUGGACCACAAGUCCAGCAAGGAGUUGCGUCAGUACCUGUCGGGCUUGGCCGAGCAGUGCAGCGGCGUCCCGGGGACGGACGGCCCUCUGGUGGUCAUUCUGGACAACCUGCACCACGUCAGCUCCCUGGGAGAGAUCUUCAACGGCGUCUUCAACUGCAACUACCAGAACUGCCCUUACAUCAUCGGCACCAUGAGCCAAGCCACGUCAUCGGCCCCCAACCUGCAGCUUCACCACAACUUCCGGUGGGUGCUGUGCGCCAACCACGUGGAGCCGGUGAAAGGCUUCCUGGGCCGCUACCUGAGGAGGAAGCUGAUCGAGACGGAGAUCGGCAGCCGGACGCGCAACGUGGAGCUGGUGAGGAUCAUCGACUGGAUCCCGCGGGUUUGGCACCACCUCAACCGCUUCCUGGAGACGCACAGCUCCUCGGACGUCACCAUCGGACCUCGCCUCUUCUUGUCCUGUCCCAUGGACGUGGAGGGAUCCAGGGUUUGGUUCACUGACCUCUGGAACUACUCCAUCAUCCCCUACAUGCUGGAGGCCGUGCGGGAGGGACUGCAGCUCUACGGCCGCAGGGCCGCGUGGGAGGAUCCCGCCGCCUGGGUGAUUGACACCUACCCGUGGUCGGCCACGUCCACUCCGGCUGAUUGGCCGCCGCUGCUGCAGCUGCGCCCAGAGGACGUGGGGUUCGAUGGCUACUCGGCCCCGAGGGAAGGAGUCAGGAAAGAGCCCCCACAGAGCGACGGCGACGCUGACCCACUGAUGAACAUGCUGAUGCGCCUGAAGGAGGCGGCGACGUCAUCGAGUCCGCAGAGCUACGACAGCGACUCCAACAGCAACGGUCACCAUGACGACCUGCUGGACACUUCGCUGGAGUCGACCUUGUGAUCAAGGGUCACACUGGGGUCGGUUUUCAGAGGAGCUUUUGCGGGAGAACUGUGGGAAUAUCCUCCCCAGGGGCAAAUGUCACAACACGAAAUCCAGCCACCUUAAUUUGGGUGCAGGUAACCCAAAUAUUUAAAAAGCGAAAAGGUUUCUACUGCACUGCGCUGUUUUUUUUUUUUGUUCUUUUUGAUUUUCACCGCUGUGGCCAGUGGCUCCUCUGUCAGGAGCCUGACUUCUAAAAGCACACCGCCUGUCUCCGACAGUCGAUGAGGCGUCACCGAUCCCGUCAUCAGCAAGUCACAGCCGCCGCCGUCCUUUCAGGCGCGGACCCUCCCGGUCCGGCCCGGCUCGGCCCGGCUGCAGUGCGCCCGAGCCGCCUGCAGGUGGCGAUAGAGACAUCAUGUCUCCUGAGCGUCAGUCAGCCUGGAACGACGAGCCGCUGGGGAAAAACGAUGCUGCUGCUUGAACGGACGAGCCGCACAGCAGCCUCCCGCUCUUCUUCCCCCUCUGUCGCUAAAAGCCGCACAAGAAUAAAUCGGGGAAAAGUGAAUGUUGAAAGUGCCGGUAUGCGGCCUCUCACUCCUCUAAGAGGGAUUGUUCAUUGGUACAUCCCUCAUAAAACCAAUGUGAAUCCACAGGUUCUUGAAAAAGAUACACAUCUUAUUGAUUUUCAGUCGAAUCUUGGAUGCAAACGGAGGAGAACAGGUGUUAAUAAAUGCCAAUCAUUGAUAUUAACAUGAGAGGAAGUUGGUUAACAUUGUGGCCCCAUUGUAAACGCACCAGGACGAUGUGAAAGUCCAAAUGUUCUCGGCAUCAGAUGGAGGUCCUCCGUGGUUACAUCCUGUCUGAGAAAGUCUCGUUGUACCUUCAGUUCCUCCAGAGCGUGUUACAAUAUAAUACACACUUUCAUUGGCCGAACACACAGCUGUAAACAAUGACACUAACAUCUAAAACCAAGUCAAAUGAAGGACUAAAUCUAAUUUACUAAAUCCCUUUAGUCACAGUUUCAGUAGGAAAAGGCACUAAGCUGAGAGAUAAACAUUCGCCACGGCUGGAUUUAUCCUUCCAACUUCACCAUGUUGGUCAUCACUUCCUUUUCCAUCCAUGUUGCAACUUUCUGUGUGACUUUUGACUACUUAACAAUCCUUUUAGGUCUCCAUGCACAUUGGCCCAGACCGGCUGUUGUAGCACAAAUCUCCUUGGUGCUGGACUGAAUUCAAACAAUGCCUUACUCUUUUCUAACAGACUUUGUGCAUUAGCAGAUUUUUUUUUUUUUAUUUCGUCUAAGUGGCUGUAACGUAAAAAAUAGGGCUCCGAGUCGACUCUCUCCUCGAAGCCCCCGCGGGGGGCCGAGGAGCAGCUGCGACUCUCUCAUCACAUCCUACAGCAAGGCGACGGGAUGGCGCCGCGGACCAGAAGCAGUACUUUGGGUUCCAAAUUGAGGUGUAUGCAUGCGUAACCCAGUGCUGUGACGGUGGCGAUUUGGGCCACCGGCUGGGAAUGAAUAAAUAAAUAAAUAUAUAUUGAUGUGUUUUUGGUGCUCGAAGUGGGAACGUUUUUGCAGAUUGACCGGGUGAGGAAAGUCCAAGACGAUGUGUUGAUGUCAUACCUCAUCCCCGUCCUCUCACUGUGCUUUCGUCACGCUCAUAAUUCUGUUUUAUGUGAUUUGUGAUGAAAAAACUGUCCUAUCAAACAUGUUCAACUAAUUAAGUGAAAACUAGUGUAUAUGCUGCUUUGUUCAUAGUGACAUAAGGAAUCAGAGGUUAAAAGUAUAAAGGUACCUGUGGUUGAAUGAUAUCGUAAAACAGUUUGACUUUUAUUUCCGUGGCUUGAAAUGUAAAGAAUUGUACUUUUUGUCUUCUUCAACCCCCCCGGCCCACCUUCUGGGAAGGGCGGGGUCAUGUUAUCCGGCGCUACGUCCACGGCUUUCAGUGUUUUACUCACAGAUCCUAUGCAACAUUCAUUCUGAUCUCCAACUGGAAGCCAAAAGCUGUUAUGUGCGCGUGUCCCCUGCGCGGCUUCAGCACUGCCGAAACUUCCAGCGUGGAAUCAGACCCGUUGGGACUCACGGAUUCGAUUCGUGCCCCAUGUUCUUUGUGCAUAUGUCUGUGUAGAUGUUGGAGGCGCUCCUGCUAUGGUACUUGUAAGCACAAAGGGACAGAUUCUCUGUUUGUCUCCAGUAACGUCUGCUCUUAGAGGUGUGGAUGUUGUGAAAGCAUUUUGACCAGUCUGUCGGUUUAUUACUCACAAAGUCAAUGAAUGUUAAGCCUUCUUUGUACAUUUUUUAAUGUAACAUGACCCUGUAAAUAGUUAAUUAUCUGACAGCAUUUUGAUGACUUUUUCUAGCAACGAUUUGUUACAGUACUUGAAAAGGAGUAUUUUGUGUACAGUCUCUUUACAUCAGGGCGGAUUGAUGCAGUUCGUCAAGGACUGACUGUACUAGUCUUAAGUUAUUGUGAUUCAAUAAAAUGUAUGAUUAUUUAUGACUGAA